GCAUUAUUAGACAUGCUAACCAAGGAAUGAAGCUUAACAAGGACUGCACACUGGACUAGCACAGAGGGUACCCAACUGGAGAGAGGAGGCUGCCAGGAAGGUAGGAAGACCCCCAGUAUCCCUGCCCCUGACAUGUAGUCUAUAUACAAAUGUAUCUGUAUUGAAUGGUCCUUGCAGAAUGAGGGAGUGGGCUUUGCCCUGCUAUAUAUUUAGAGGUAGAAUAUGCUGUCUAAUGACUUUAUAUGUUAAUUUGUUCAUCUGUUAUAUUUUUAUAAUCUAUCUGAGCUGCUGCACUAUGCAGUCUUAUAAAUAGAAAUGGCUUGCUAUUUAAAGAUAUCUGGCUAUAAAUAUGCAGAGAUGCACAGUUGCCUAUACACCUUCCUCUAUGGAUAUAUGUCAAGGCUCAGAGGCAUGGUUUGGACCUUAAUUCCUGUAAUAAUAAAUAUAUUCUUUAUAAACCCCAACUUAGCCUGCAUGUACCUGCACAGACCCCAUGACGUCUUUAAUGUUGGCUUUUUUUCAAUAAAAUGUAAAAAGGAGGCUGAGCUGUCUGUGGGAUAUUGAUACAUUAAGAUCGUGCACUUGCUGCAGUUCAGGCCUUUUGGAGCUGGUGUUUCAGUGACAGAGGUCUAUAGGACCCUUUAUAAUUCAAAGCGGACUGCAACUCCCACAAUGCACUAAUCAGCAUGAUGGGAAUUGUAGUGCACAGGUACAUUUUUUUUGAUGAAGUGAUUUUCGGGGAGGGGGUUGCAGGCAGUCUAUUAAUUCACUCUUUAGUUUUGGGGGGUUUGCAAAGGGGUCCACUGAAACAUCAGUGAUCUCUGCAGUGCUAUACUGUGUUACAAUAAUUGCUGUGUUUUAUGAUGGGGUGAGUGACAAAUGCAGCCACUGUGUCUUAUGUAUUUUUUUUCCUUUUAUUUUUUUAAUACUGCAUUUAUUUCUUGCCUGACAAGGGACCCUGCACUGCCAUGAGGCAAAUAGAAUGUAAAAGAUACAUGUUAAUAAAAUCUGCCACUGGUUGUAUUUUCUAACCUUAUCAUGGAGAAAUCCUUUGUGUUCUGAGUAAUCCGAAAGACAAAUAGAUUAUAUCCUUCCCAGGUUCUGGGUAAACUCAUGCUGACAUCCAAGGAUGUGAUAUUCCAUCAGAGAAGGUUAUUAUGAGGCUUAUUGAGGGAUCCAUUGUUAUAGAGCUAUAUAUACCAUAAUUUUCAGUUUUCACGUGCAGCUCAAGUGCAGGCGUAAACUAUGUAAUCAUCUCAGUAGAAAGAGGCAGGCACAAUGUAUACAGGCAGACUGCUUCUCCUCUCUCACCUUGGGUAAUGAGAAAGGAGACUGCAGACUCAGGGUACCUGGUUCCCUGCAUCCUGAGCCCAGCAAUACCAGGAUGUGGGGCUGUAACUCAUUCACUGGUAGUUUGCCCUGCAGUCCUUAUGUCAUGCAUUUUUAUAUAACCAGAACAGACUGUUGCAGGGGAUACACAGCCCAGUAAAGGGUAACCUUUGGUACUGCAGCUCUUACGUACUACAUCUCGCUCAGCACUGUGCCAGUCAUUCGGCCAAGGAACACACUUUUAAAGAGCUGCUAUAAUUCACAAAGCACGUGGUUGUACUUUAUAGAAUUGCAUUAGAUCCAUACGUUGUGAUAGUAAAAUGGCAAGCGUGUGCAUAUAAUACAUAUACUUGCUUAGAUCAUUGUUUUCCCAUGGCGUACAAAAAAAUAAAAACAAAAUACAAAUACGGCCUCUUAAUAUUUGGCGGGAUAUGGAUGCAUGCACAUUUGCUCACUUCAUUGUGGCAGCCAUCUUGGAAGAGGGAAGUGCUAGCUUUGGGUUACCAUAAUAUUUAAUCUAUACCGGUUACUGUUGAUUUUGUCACCAAUAUAGGGAAUCUUGUUAUCCUCAUCUCUUGUGGAUGGCAAGUCCUUUUUGAAUCCAGGUUAUUAUUUUGUAGGAAAUAUAUAUUGCAUGAUAUUCUGUCCAUGCCUUCAGCGAGGUAUAUUCUAAAAAUUAAAAAUUUGAAUGACAUCCCCCAAAUAAGUCUCCACUGGUUAAACAUCAGUGGAAUGCAGACCACAUUCAAUGCAUCAUUUGAAAUGCAAACCACAUCCACUGCAUUAUGGGAAAUGCAAACCACAACCCCUGCAUCAUAUCUGAACAUAAUUAAAAAUGCAAAACACAACUGCUGCACAUUUGUUGAGCAUAAUAGGAAAUGUAGAUCGCAUGAGUUGCAUCAUGACAGAGAAAAUAGAGUAGUUCCAAAGGUUAAACGCCAAUGACGUGUUCCAUCACAACAGUCUAGCAGUGAUUGGACAUGUCAGAGGUUACCUAUCUCUGCUUGGGAGGCUGCAACUACUACAUUUGUGACUAGUGUUGCUUUAAAAGUUACAUAUUUCAAAUUGUAGGCCAAACUAGUGCAAAUUGAAAACUCCUCUAGCUUAUCUAUAUUUCCUAAUAUAUUGUUUUGGCCCAAUUUGUAAUUACCUGGCCAUUCCUAGUUUGGUGAAUAACCAAUUAGUCUGAUGUCUAAUUUCUAGAUAAUGGUUGAGGAAUCCAUCAAAUAUUUAAGUAACAUUCCCAUCACUAUAACCACUACCGUGGUCUGUACAGGUUAUAGAGCAAGGGGUGUCCUGGCACGCCCACCACCAUUGUAAUGCAUUUUAAUAAUUGUAAGAAAAUAGUUGAAGGUGUUCAAAAAACACAGAAAACUUAAGUGACCACUUUCAUGUCUUAGAUUGGAAUCUAGAAUAAAUAAAUCUAGAAUAAAAUACUGUCCAUCUGGAGUGCCAAAGGGAUAGGCAACCUUCGGCACUCCAGAUAUUGUGGACUACAUCUCCCAUAAUGCUCUUACACCCAUAAUGCUGGCAAAGCAUCAUGGGAGUUGUAGUCCAAAACAUCUGAAGUGCAGAAGGUUGCCUAUGUCUGGUGUAGUAUAUAACAAUUCAUAAAUAUACACAUAUAUGGGUUUAGUAUCCAACUCACAUAUUCCUGAGCCACCUAUCUCCACUACUUCAGAAAGAGAGCUUCCGGCUCUUUGUCUGAAAUAAUCCCAGCUGUGCUGGGCUUAUCUCUUUGGCUGAAAACAAUCUCUCCAACUAAAGUGGAGGUUUGGAGCUGCCCCCAGCAGAGCCCAUAUAAAAAGUAAAAUCAUUCUAAUAUGUAUUGACUGCACUCCUGGCACCAUAACCAUCACAUCCCGCUGUAGUGGUUAUAAUGCUUGGAUCAAAGAGCUAUAAAUUGAAUAUGAAUUUUGCAAUUGAUUUCAGGUUCCCCUGCAUGCCAUAGACUGAGCCUUGACAGCUUGAGCUGCAGUUUGCCUGUAAACUUGUGAUUAGCCCUACAAAGCCUUGUAUUGGAAUUUAUAUUCAUCCUAGAUCAUAUUAAUGAUGCCAAUUUUGUUUGUCUCUGCAUGCUUCAUCCCUUUUAUCAACAUGCUGUCUUUUUUUAUCUUCUUUGAAGUGCAGCAAUGCUUCACCAACCUUCAGCUAUAGCUAUGGGUCACCUACUACAUCUCCACAAUACCUCCUCCGACAAGAUGUCUCUCCAUCACCAGGAACCGUGGGACACGAAUACUUCCGCAGUCACUACGUCUGACCUCUUCCUGGAUGAAACUGUCAACCCAUGGGACAUCAUCCUCUGUGUGACAGGAACAGUCAUGGCUUGCGAGAAUGCCAUUGUUAUUGCUAUUCUCUUCUACACGCCCAGCUUACGUUCCCCCAUGUUCAUACUCAUUGGCAGUCUGGCACUCGCAGAUCUGCUUGCUGGUGUGGGGCUCAUUAUGAAUUUCAUAGUGAUUUAUGUGUUUAAUAAUGAACUGGCCACUUUAAGUUCCGCUGGACUGCUGCUAGCCGCCUUCUCAGCCUCUGUGUUUAGUCUUCUGGCCAUCACAGUGGACAGGUACUUAUCACUUUACAAUGCCUUGACCUACCACACAGAGCGAACACUGACCUUCACAUACGUGUUGAUAAUUCUGCUAUGGGCUCUGUGCAUCUGCAUUGGUCUGUUACCCAUCAUGGGGUGGAACUGUGUCAGGGACCAGUCUUCAUGCAGCGUGUUGAGACCAGUUACUAAGAACAAUGCUGCUGUUCUUGCAGUGUCUUUCCUCUUGGUCUUUGCUUUGAUGAUGCAACUCUACCUGCAGAUCUGCAGGAUUGCAUUUCGACAUGCCCAGCAGAUAGCUGUGCAGCACCAAUUUAUGGCCACCUCCCAAGCUUCCAGCACCAGGAAGGGGGUCUCGACCUUGUCUCUUAUUCUAGGCACUUUUGCACUCUGCUGGAUUCCCUUUGCUGUGUAUUCCCUUAUUGCUGAUUCUAGUUACCCAAUGAUAUAUACCUACUCUCUGGUUUUGCCAGCCGCCUGUAAUUCCGUCAUCAAUCCUAUCAUCUAUGCCUUCAGGAACCCUGAUAUCCAGAAGUCUCUGUGGCUUGCUUGCUGUGGUUGUCUCCCUCACAGAUUCUUAUCUGGGCAAAGGACUUCCAGUGAUGUAUAGAAGCAGGAGUAUCCUGAAGAAUUACAUUGGAGAAGGACUUGUGUAGAGAAAAAAAGAUGUCAAACAUUGUUUUAUUUUUACACUUAAAAAAAAAAGAAGAAAAUAUAUAUUGCUUUAAGUUGUGAAAAACAUUUGAAAAAGCACUUACUGUUUUUAAUGUUUGUCUUAAAGAUGAACUUGCGUUUGGUAUGGGCAUGGUCUAGAAAUCCACACACAUUUUUAGAGAAGACCUCAUGAGCUGUAAGUCUGAACAGUGUGAACCUCUUUCAUGUCAAGUUGGUCUGCAAAAAUGUUUCCAUGCUGACUUCCUUGGCAUCAAAUGGGUUAAAUAUAAUGUUGCAUGAGGCUCACUCCAACUUAUCUACUAAAUGGUUUCCAAAGGUUGGGUUAAGUUAUAGCUAUUUAUUUCAUUUUUGAGUCAUGGUUUACAGAAAUGUUUAUUUAACUAAUGUGCGUCCAUUCCUAACAAAAAUAUUGAGACAAUUAGCACAAAGUAUAAAAAUGUGCAAUGUACAUGCUGGGUAGCAGCCGAAAGCCUUCUGACUCUCAGAUGCCUAGAUAAACAUUUCUAUUUUGUCCAGAUUGAAACUUGGCCUAGUGUCUGCUAUCUACUACAAGUAGUGAGACAAUGAAAAAACAAAUAACAGUGAUUUGUAUUUAUGAAUGCAAAUCUAGAGGAAUUAUUUGACAAACUGCUAAUUUUUGAGUAACUACUCUGUAAUCAAGUGGAAUGUCUCUAUAUGUUCGUUCAGGGUCAGUUUUUCUUGAUAAAUGUGGAUUUGUAUGUAGAUUGAUUAUGUAACGAACGACAGUAAUUUUAUUAGCAAGAAAUAUGAUAAAACAAAUAUAUACAGGAUGUAAUCAGAAUUCAUCAUAAAUCUCAGCACUUACUUAACCUGUAAGAUUGAUCCCACUAAAAUAUACACAAUUUAUAUCCUUGGACAGUUUUUAAAGAGAUCCAACAAAUGUGUUCUGAAGAAUAUGUGGAAUACAAAAUAAUGCUAGAACGUCUUUCGGCACAUUAUUUUUAAAACAUUGGUAUGAUGCGAGUAUGGCAUCAUGCUUUGAAUGAAAUCCAGAUUACAUGUUAAAAAGAUACCUGUGAGCUGUAUUUUAAUUUUUAACCAGUGACUUCUCCAGUGCCAUAUUGUAUUUACACACGUGGCCAUCCAUAUGUAUUGCAGUAUUUAAAGUUACACUUCAAAUUCAUAUUGUUCGCUAAAAGAACAAUAUAAUGCAAAUGCACAACAAGAAGUAUUCUUAUGUUAAGGACACUUUGUAAGAUUAAUGACCAAUUAACAUGAAAAUAUAACAGUAGAAUCCCCCUUUACCUGUAGCUCUGAUAACGUGUGACAUGACUCUCUCAGCUACAUAAUCCUGAUGCACAGAUCACUUUUAUUAAUACUAAUUUAAAAUCUUGCUAUUAAAAGCUUUCCAG